AUGACGACGACAACGACGACGGCAGCGGACGAGAAAGCCAUCCACAUCAAAGAAGAACCCGAGCACGGCAUCGGGGAAGUUUACGACCACGACCCCGAAUCCCUCAAAUCCCCCACCUCCGGCGACGCAGACGAAGCCCUAGCGUACAUCCGCAACACCGCCAAAGUCGAAAUUGACGAAGCCACAAACAAACGUCUCCUCAAACUCAUCGACCGCAAUAUCAUGCCAAUCAUGUGUCUCAUCUACUGUCUCCAAUUCCUCGACAAGACCUCGAUUUCGUAUGCCUCUGUUAUGGGCUUGAGGACCGAUACGCAUCUCGUUGGACAGCAGUACUCGUGGUUGGGGAGUGUCUUCUACCUGGGAUAUCUGGCAUGGGAAUACCCCACCAACCGCCUCAUGCAACGCCUCCCCCUCGCCAAAUACACCGGCGUCAACAUCAUUAUCUGGGGUGGAAUCCUCGCCGCCAUGGCCGGUUGCAAAAAUUUCGCGGGCCUCGUCUCUGUACGACUCCUCCUCGGUAUCUUCGAGUCAUCUAUUACUCCCGCGUUCGUGUUAUUUACGAGUAUGUGGUACCGCUCUAGCGAACAAGCCCUUCGUGUCGGAAUCUGGUUCUGCAAUAACGGCACCGCACAAAUCAUCGGUUCGUUCCUCGCGUACGGAAUCUCGAAGGGUGUCGAAAAGCACGGUUCCGCAAUCCCUGGUUGGCAGAUCAUUUUCCUGGUUACCGGAUUCGCUACGAUGGCGGUUGGUGUGGCGUUGUUGUGGUUGAUGCCGGAUACGCCGAUGCAGGCCAGGUUUUUGAGUGAGGAGGAUAGGGUGUUGGUUAUUGAGAGGUUGAGAGUGAAUCAGCAGGGGGUUGGGAAUAAGCAUUUUAAGAUGGAGCAGUUUAAGGAGGCGUUGAGGGAUCCGAGGACUUGGUUGUACUUCUCGUACUCGCUCAUCUCUGAUAUCCCGAAUGGUGGUCUUACCAACUUCCAAUCAAUUGUAAUCCAAUCCCUCGGCUUCACCGCUCAGGAAUCCCUCCUCUACUCAGCCCCCUGCGGCGCCGUCGAAAUCAUCUCCAUCCUCUGGAUCUGCUCCCUCGCGCAACGCACCCACGAACGUUCCUACUCCGCAAUCCUCUCAGUCCUCUUCCCCAUCUUCGGAUUCUUGUUGGUGAUUUGCUUGCCGGAGCAUAUGCCGUGGGGAAAAUUGGCGGGGUAUUGGUUGACGAGUUUUUCGGCUUGUGCGUUUGUGAUUAUUUUGGGGAUGAUUAGUACGAAUGUUGCAGGGUAUACGAAGAAGACGACUGUCAAUGCUAUCAACCUCAUUGGGUAUUGUGUUGGGAAUCUCAUCGGUCCUCAAACGUUCCGGGCGAAGGAUGCGCCGGCUUAUACCCCGGCGAAGGUUACGAUUGUGGUGUGUUGGGGCGUGAGUUGUUUUGUUUUGUAUGCAAUUCGGUGGUUGAAUGCGAGAGAGAAUAAGAGGAGGGAUGAGGAGAGGGAAGCGGCGGGGGAUGCAUAUGUUAGUUUGAAGGAUCAUGAGUUCAUGGAUUUGACGGAUUUCGAGAACAGGGAUUUUAGGUAUGUGCUUUGA